UCCACAGCGAAGGCUUUGAGUUUGCGUCCUCAAAUAUCUCUGGGUUGAUGUCUACAUCCCUUCUUUCCCCCCUCACGAAGGCGAACACCGAGGCCAUGAACGCGCUGGCAAGAAUCCGACGAAGCAGAACCGAUCGGAGUACUGCAAAAAGAAGAAGCACAGCCCAACUCUGCUGGCCAAACCCGCAGGUCUCAGUUGGCCGCUUCAUCGUGAAAAUUGGACGAGAGAGCUGUUGGGAGGCAAUCGGGCCUGCACGAACUGCCUUUCUGACUCUGGGUCCUGAAAUCAAAACCUAUCUCGACAAUUACAGCGAACCACUUCCAAGUUGGGUUACUUGGUCAAUUUACAUGGUUGGAGGUGCGCCGGAAACUGCAUCACCAGUCAUCAUUUUCUGUUGCGAAGAAGCCACCCACCGCAGGGAGGUGAGGAACACCAUUCGGGAAAGUCGGCUCCUCGACGCUUACCCAGGCAUUGCACUCAAACAUCUACCACGAGCUCCUGACUACAAUCAACUUGUUCAGCUAGCCUUGCAGAUGGAUAGCAGCGAGUGCUUCAUCGAAGGUCCCCGUGAAAAUGUCGGCUCUCAGCCCCUGAUCUUUUCUGCAUCCCACUACGUUGGUCCUGGAUCCCAGUUGCUGGUCCGAGGCUGCGAGACCUCAACAGUUCAGAAAGCGACGUUGGGUGGUAUUUUGCGGGUCUCCGAAAAGUACUAUUGCAUGACCGCUGCACACGUUUUUGAACAAAGCCCCAAUUCACCCACGCCAACUGGAGAGGCUGAAACUGAACUAUGCUUCUCCGACAGUGAUAUGGAUGAUGACCUCGAGGGUGAGAAUGUUGAAAUGACCAGCAGAGGCAGUCUCAGCCCUAGGCCUUCUAUGUCCGUCGAUGAAUGGGAAUCAAUAUCGCUGCCUUCUACUAGAUCCUCGAGUAUGUCUUCGCAAAACCCUAUUGCGCUAGACAUUAAUUCCCAACCUCAAACGCAAACAGGAUCGACUCCCGAGUGGGUCGAAGAGUCUCUCCACCUCUCCACGCCAGAUCAAUACCUCAAUUUUUCUCCACCUUCAUCCAUUGGCAAUGUGGCACUAUCAUCUAUCGAUGGUCAGCACCCAGAGCUUGAUUACGCUUUGCUAGAUAUACCUAUAGGAUUUGUCUCUAGACUGAAUGCUUUUGAACCCGUUUUGGCCGCUGACAACACGGAUUGUCCUCCGUCGAGCCCGGACAGCACAGGGGUCUUUGCUGUCACCGCUUCGGCCGGUUACCUCCAAGGGUGGAUGUCAGGGACACCUUCUUACAUGAGGCUUCCAAAUGCGAGGAGCUACCAGGAGGUAUAUUCAGUUCAACUCAAUGGUCCUCUUGACAAGGGAGAUUGUGGUUCGUGGGUCGUUGACCGGGAAUCUGGAACCUUUCGCGGGCACAUCGUGGCCGGUUCACCUGGUUCCGGCACAGCAUACAUCAUUCCCUCCCAUAAAAUAUUCGAUGAUAUUGAAAAGAGAUUAAUGCAUCGACCAGUAGUUGUUUCUGGAACCGAGCAAGCCGAGAGGUCCGUACCAGUAGCAUCUUCAGACCCGUUUACGUUAGACCUUGCUUCAUUUCAUCCACGGCGUCUCUCAGGCAUCCCGGAACAUAAUUUACCUGAGCGAGAUGAGCUACCUGAAUAUUCUGAAUCUUCAGGGCCGACGGCUAGGAACCGUACUUGGCCCUCAGACGAGAGUACAUUUGAAGAUGAGCAAGGUCCAGCCGGAAAUUCGACAUCAGGGUCACAGUCCCUUUCCAAAUCAUUAGUACAAUCUCAAGUUGGUGCAAGGGGAGCAGCAAGGCCACUGAGCGGCAAGGAAGCCAUGCGAUCAGAUAAGGGAGGACUCGAUAUCGCCGCGGCAAAAGACCUCACAAUACGUUUUCGGAAAAUUUUAAGCUCUAAACGCAUGGACGAACUUUCCGCAUCCAAAGCCCACUCUGCCCUGACGCAUCCCGGCGCAAGUAACUCGAGCGUCGACGACCCUCCUCUACCACCUUCCUACUCAUCUCUUAGGAAUGUUCCUCUAAUUCCCGCACCACCCCGGGACUCGAGGUCCAUCAAGUUCAGGAAUAUGUUAGUCACGCUCUCCAGCAUGCCAACAAAAUGGGAAAAUCCUGGGCUUUUAGAUGAAGCACUGCGCUCAGUCCCACUAGAUGCUAUAUAUUCCCAGGCAGAAGAGGAAUCCCAGCUUCUCCAAGCGGAAGCAGAGAGCCUAGGUCCGGACCUGAAGCCUGCAUGGGGCUACCAAGACUGUGUGGCCCGAGCGAUGCUCCGCUGGUUCAAACGAAGCUUCUUCACCUGGGUCAACAACCCAACAUGUACCAACUGCAUGAGUCCUACAACUGCGUGGGGCAUGGCGAAUCCGACCCCUGAGGAACAAGUCUGUGGCGCCCUUGAAGUUGAACUGUAUCGAUGUACGAAUGCUGGAUGUGAAAAGUAUGAACGAUUUCCGCGGUAUAAGGAUGCAUUUGUUCUAUUACAGACCCGUAGAGGACGAGUUGGUGAGUGGGGUAACUGCUUUGGCAUGCUAUGUCGUUCAGUAGGAUGUAGAGUGCGUUGGGUUUGGAGUUCUGAAGACCACAUCUGGGUCGAGGUGUUCUCCACUCACAGAAACCGGUGGAUACAUGUUGACCCGUGCGAGGAAGCAUGGGAUAAACCUCGCUUGUACACUGAAGUAUGGGGCAAGAAAAUAGCCUAUUGUAUCGCAUUUUCUAUCGACGGUGCCACCGACGUAACACGACGCUAUGUUCAGUCUCCGGCAUGGGCUGCUGAACGUACUCGCUGUUCUGAACAGGAGCUCCUGCACAUCAUGGACGAAAUUAAACUCCUACGAAGGGAGAAAAUCAGCAAAGAAGACAGAUUCGGUCUAGCAGGUGAAGACAUGAAAGAAGCGAGAGAGUUGAGGGGUUACGUCAUCAGAAGUCUUGUGGCACAACUGCUCCAGCUAUCGCCACGACAUCUGCUAGAAGGAGCGGCCCAGGAUGUGGAUGCGGAAGAGAACAAGGCUCAGAACAAGUCUACGUCUAUAGAGACUGAAGUGCCUCAUUGGGUCCAGGCCAGGCGGACACCAUAAGUCAGCCAUCUCACAGUCUCACAGUGGAAAUUUGGGCACUUCAAUUACGAGCGAAAUGUUUAGGCGCUACAUAAAGUGUAGUGACUGUAGAUAGUUGCGCAAGAUACCCC